AUGAGCUUGAUUUCUCAGAAUGCGGGUUCUAGGAACCGAGCUAAGACCGCUAGAGAGACGGCAGACGAGCCUGCCUUUAUGGGAGGUGGUGGUGGUGGUGAAGAUGGUGAUCUCAAAAUGAAAAAAUCUGAGUUGGGGUUGUCUGCUGCAAAGAGAAGAAGGAAAGAAAAGGACGAGCAAACAGCAGUUGAGGAUGUGAAGGAAAUGAAGAAGCUCGAGAAUUUCCUGUUUGGAUCAUUAUAUUCCCCUGUGGAAUUUGGAAAAGAUGAAGAAGAGCAAGUUGCCGCGGACAACGAGGGUUUACCUUUGUUCUUUGUUGACCGUUCAGCAAACAAUGGGAUGCAAGCUCAGUUCUCAGACGAGAGUGAAGACGAAGGAGAAGAAGCCGAUGAACGGAAGCCUGUGUGGGUCGAUGAGGAGGAGGAAGCCACGAGCAUCAACAUUGCUAAAGUUAGCCGAUUGAGGAAGCUGAGGAAAGAGGAGGAAGAGAGCCUGAUUUCUGGUUCGGAAUAUGUCUCAAGGCUGAGAACUCAACAUUCUAAGAUGAACCCAGGCACUGAAUGGGCACGGCUCGAGAGAGCUGAUAGCAGACUUCAUAGCGAUGAAUCUUCAGAUGAAGAGGACAUUCUUAGGACAAACGAAGAUCUCGUGGUGAAGAGCACAUCAAAACUGCAGCCCGGCAUUCUUAGCUGCUCUAGACUUGUGGAUGCCAAUGCUCAAGAGCCUUCUAAUGGUCCAAUAAACUCGGUUGAGUUCCAUCGCAACGGUCAGCUGCUGCUCUCAGCUGGACUGGACAAGAGGAUUCGGUUCUUCCAGAUCGAUGGCAAACGUAACACCAAGAUACAAAGUGUAUUUGUCGAUGACUGUCCAAUCCGGAAGGCGUCCUUUUUACCGGAUGGUUCACAGGUCAUUAUAUCAGGGAGAAGGAAGUUCUUCUACAGCUUUGAUUUAGUGAAAGCAAAAGUCGAUAAGAUAGGUCCACUUGUUGGCAGGGAAGAGAAAAGCCUGGAGAAUUUCGAGGUUUCUCCCGAUUCAAAGACGAUUGCUUUUGUGGGCAACGAGGGUUACAUAUUGUUGGUCUCUUCAAAAAGUAAGGAGCUCAUUGGUACUGUUAAGAUGAACGGCACAGCUCGCUCCAUAGCUUUUGCUGGUGACGGCCAGCAGCUGAUUACCCAUGGUGGUGAUGGUCAGGUGUAUCACUGGGAUUUGAGGACAAGGACUUGCAUACACAAGGCAGUUGAUGAAGGUUGCAUUAAUGGCACUGCGCUAAGUUGUUCACCACUGGGGAACUUUUUUGCAGCAGGUUCAGACAGCGGGAUUGUGAAUGUUUACAACAGGGAGGAGUUUUUGGGCGGGAAGAGGAGGCCGGUGAAGACCAUUGAGAAUUUGACAACGAAAGUGGAUUUUAUGAAGUUCAACAGUGAUGCCCAGAUACUAGCGAUAUGUUCGACGAUGGGGAAGAAUGGGAUGAAGUUGAUACAUGUUCCAUCGUUCACCGCAUUCUCUAACUGGCCACCACUAAACACGACGCUGCACUACCCUCGGUGUUUGGAUUUCAGUCCCGGUGGAGGUUUCAUGGCCGUGGGAAAUGCUUCUGGUAAAGUAUUGCUGUACAAGUUGCAUCACUACCAUCACGCAUGA